AUGACUAUGAUUCAGUUACAGGAUACUAGGAUUGGUCAAUUGUUACAAACCAUUCGUCACAAGGUUGAUCCACCUCUUCAAAAACGCAUUCGACUUAUUAUCAAAGCAUGGCAAAAGCUACUAUCCUCUGAAUAUUCACAUCAGUAUGUCAUUCCUUUGAAGACUUCGGACAAAAAUAUACCUACGUCACCUAGGUCGAAUGGCACACCAAUUAAAAUAUCUGCUCGUGAAAGAUCCAAGCAACCAGCAGACACUGUAAAUGCAAUAUACCCUCCUCAGAUAAAAAGCUCCGUACAUCUCACAAAGAGAAAUUUCCCCGAUUCUCCCUCAGAAAAACUCAACAAAGAUGAUUCACAAAAAUCUGCUGUGCAUCUAACACACCAAAACGAUAACUAUGUUUCAAAUAUUUCUAAACGUCUGAAGUGCGUAGACACAACAUCAACAGUCGUUCAGGUCAAAAGUCCGAGUAACCUUGUGAAUGGUAGUAAAUGUAUGGAAUCACAACCUCAGAAUACCGGGUUUAGAGAAAAUUUAGAUACUUCAGUACCUCAAACAAUUAUUUCAACAGCAUCUCGAUCUCCUUCAUCGAAGCUCCGAGUAGCGAAUUCCAUGCGUUUGACGAAAGUGAAAUCAACUGCAGAACUGGUCCAAGCUGCAGGAGAUUGUAUUGAUUCCGUAACUGCUGACCGCAUUCUUACAAACAGAAUCAGCAAAGAAGUUGACCCUCCUCGAGUAUGUUCAAUGAUGCAACCCACAAAAACACGACUGGCUCGUGCAAACUCUGGCUCUCAGUCAAGUUCACGCUGUGUCUCUGCCAAUAAUAAUGAAACUUCGCAUUCUCCUAAAUGUAAUACAAUUUUAGAAUUAAAGUCGGAAAUACCCUUGGAGUGUCGAGAAAGUCCUGCUGUAUACGAAAAAGAUCACAACCUAACUUCUGAUUCGGUUAAAAGUGUUAUACCUUUUGUAAACGUUUCAUCUAUCAAUAAUCAAAGUCCUAUAAGCUAUAAUAGUGAAAAUAUAUCCAAUCGACUAUUAUUCAAAGAUGUUGGGAACGACACUGCGUCAAUCGCCCAGAAAGUUAAAAAGAAAAAGAAGCAUAAACAUCACAAGGAUGAAGCUGAAAUAUUAGGUCCUUCCAGACUACAUUCCAACCAACUAAAAAGCCAUCGUAAAAACAAAACGGUUUUCCCCCCUGUGACUAAUUUUAUGAACGAUUGGCCUGACCUACCAUGUUUGCCGGAAAACAUUGACUGGCAUAGCCUUGAUCGCAGUUAUGUAACUGUCUGUGAUAACAGUUCUAUGGAAAUUUCAGAAUAUAGCUCUCCCAAAAAGUGUACAGUAGGUGCAGAAACUGAAUAUGCUUGUAUUUCUCCCACUAAUUUACACUCAAUCAUCCUAGAUGAUCAGUAUUUACAUAUACUCCCUUGGGUUGAUAUGAUUGGUUACAAGCGUCAUUUCUUCCCUUCUUGUUCCGAUCAGGAGUUGAGUGAACUAACUACAAUGCCCGAGCCUUGGUGA